CAGGGAGAUCGGCUAAGUGACGUCACCGCGAGGACCCGGAAGUGAUGUGGUCCCAUGAUGGCUGAAGAUCCCGGUGGAUCUGAGCGGCAUUCUAACACGUUCUUCCCCAUUCCCCGCGGUCUGUAGCCAUGACCAGCUCCGCCAGCUCUACAGACAGACCCCGCCGCGCCAACUCCCGCCCGAUACUGCCGUCACCAUGCCCAGGAAGGGCAACAGGAAACGGCUGAAACACCGGGUGGACUCAUUGAGCUCCCAGAGAGGUGAGAAUCCCCCUCUGCCUGACACUGAGACUGAUAGAGAGAGACUGCCUGACACUGAGACUGAUAGAGAGAGACUGCCUGACACUGAGACUGAUAGAGACUGCCUGACACUGAGACUGAUAGAGAGAGACUGCCUGACACUGAGACUGAUAGAGAGAGAGACUGCCUGACACUGAGACUGAUAGAGAGAGAGACUGCCUGACACUGAGACUGAUAGAGAGAGACUGCCUGACACUGAGACUGAUAGAGAGAGACUGCCUGACACUGAGACUGAUAGAGAGAGACUGCCUGACACUGAGACUGAUAGAGAGACUGAGAGAAAGAGAGACUGCCUGACACUGAGAGAGAGAGACUGCCUGACACUGAGAGAGAGAGACUGCCUGACACUGAGAGAGAGAGACUGCCUGACACUGAGAGAGAGACUGCCUGACACAGAGAGAGAGACUGCCUGACACUGAGAGAGAGACUGCCUGACACUGAGAGAGAGAGACUGAGAGAGAGAGACUGCCUGACAGUGAGACUGAGAGAGAGAGACUGCCUGACAGUGAGACUGAGAGAGAGAGACUGCCUGACAGUGAGACUGAGAGAGAGAGACUGCCUGACACUGAGACUGAUAGAGAGAGACUGAGUGAGAGAGAGAGAGACUGAGUGAGAGAGAGAGAGACUGAGUGAGAGAGAGAGAGACUGAGUGAGAGAGAGAGAGAGACUGAGUGAGAGAGAGAGAGAGACUGAGUGAGAGAGAGAGAGAGACUGAGUGAGAGAGAGAGAGAGACUGAGUGAGAGAGAGAGACUGAGUGAGAGAGAGAGACUGAGAGAGAGAGAGAGACUGAGUGAGAGAGAGAGACUGAGUGAGAGAGAGACUGAGUGAGAGAGAGACUGAGUGAGAGAGAGACUGAGUGAGAGAGAGACUGAGUGAGAGAGAGACUGAGUGUGAGAGAGAGAGAGAGAGACUGAGAGAGAGACUGCCUGACACUGAUUGAGAGAGAGAGAGACUGCCUGACACUGAGAUUGAGAGAGAGAGACUGCCUGACAGUGAGACUGAGAGAGAGAGACUGCCUGACAGUGAGACUGAGAGAGAGAGACUGCCUGACAGUGAGACUCUGAGAGAGAGAGACUGCCUGACAGUGAGACUGAGAGAGAGAGACUGCCUGACAGUGAGACUGAUAGAGAGAGACUGACACUGAGACUGAUAGAGAGAGACUGCCUGACACUGAGAGAGACUGCCUGACACUGAGACUGAUAGAGAGAGACUGCCUGCCACUGAGAGAGAGAAAGACUGCCUGCCACUGAGAGAGAAAGACUGCCUGCCACUGAGAGACUGCCUGCCACUGAGAGACUGCCUGCCACUGAGAGACUGCCUGCCACUGAGAGACUGCCUGCCACUGAGAGACUGCCUGCCACUGAGAGACUGCCUGCCACUGAGAGAGAGAGAGAGACUGCCUGCCACUGAGAGAGAGAGAGAGACUGCCUGCCACUGAGAGAGAGAGAGAGACUGCCUGCCACUGAGAGAGAGAGACACUGCCUGCCACUGAGAGAGAGAGACACUGCCUGCCACUGAGAGAGAGACUGCCUGACACUGAGAGAGAGAGAGACUGCCUGACACUGAGAGAGAGAGAGACUGCCUGACACUGAGAGAGAGAGAGACUGCCUGACACUGAGAGAGAGAGAGACUGCCUGACACUGAGAGAGAGAGAGAGAGACUGCCUGACACUGAGAGAGAGAGAGAGAGACUGCCUGACACUGAGACUGAUAGAGAGAGAAAGACUGCCUGACACUGAGACUGAUAGAGAGAGAAAGACUGCCUGACACUGAUAGAGAGAGACUGCCUGAGACUGAUAGAGAGAGACUGCCUGAGACUGAUAGAGAGAGACUGCCUGAGACUGAUAGAGAGAGACUGCCUGAGACUGAUAGAGAGACUGCCUGACAGCGAGACUGAUAGAGAGAGACUGCCUGACAGCGAGACUGAUAGAGAGAGACUGCCUGACAGCGAGACUGAUAGAGAGAGACUGCCUGACAGCGAGACUGAUAGAGAGAGACUGCCUGACAGCGAGACUGAUAGAGAGAGACUGCCUGACAGCGAGACUGAUAGAGAGAGACUGCCUGACAGCGAGACUGAUAGAGAGAGACUGCCUGACAGCGAGACUGAUAGAGAGAGACUGACUGACAGCGAGACUGAUAGAGAGAGACUGACUGACACUGAGACUGAUAGAGAGAGACUGACUGACACUGAGACUGAUAGAGAGAGACUGACACUGAGACUGAUAGAGAGAGAGAGACUGCCUGACACUGAGAGAGACUGCCUGACACUGAGACACUGAGAGAGACUGCCUGACACUGAGACACUGAGAGAGACUGCCUGACACUGAGACACUGAGAGAGACUGCCUGACACUGAGACACUGAGAGAGACUGCCUGACACUGAGACACUGAGAGAGAGAGACUGACUGCCUCUCUGUGUCACUCUCUCUCUCUCUGUGUCACUCUCUCUCUCUCUGUCACGGGGUUUACUGUUGAAACUGAACGUUUUGGUGUGCCAAUUUGUGUGUAACUAUAGGCUUCUAUAUAACCCCACUUUAUACACCUUAAUUUACCAAUGGUAACUGCUUUAGCAUUUUUGGACUAGUGCUGUUUUAUUAGAUUCAAAAAAUCCCAAGUAAUUUCAAGAUAAAUUUGACAAAUGAGACUAAAUAGUACAUGGAUCCUUGUGGUUGAAAACAAGUGAAAAUAUUGGUUCUGUAUUUUAUUAAGAUUUGUUUUGUAAACAUUUUUCUCACCAGUCACUGUGGCAGAUUAUGCCAAUUCUGAUCCUGCUGUUGUUAAGUCUGGAAGAUUGAGAAAGUCGUUGGCCAAUGCUGUACAGAAAGAAGGUAAGUUGAUGUAGAGUGUUAUAGUGUCCCUAUAGUGGCAUUUAGGUGCUUCUGUAAUUUGAGUAGAAGUUCCCACUCUAGUUUAUUCAUCUAAAAAAAGAUGAGCUCUCAAACUUUUGUUAUUCAAAACGCUUUGCCUUUCUCCUUUUUUCAUGGAUUGCUGUUCAGUGAAAGCACUUUGUGGUGCAGAAGCCUCUCAUGUCCCUACUGACGAUGGAGACUCCCUUUUGUCAGAGAAUGGAGCACAUUAUGAGAGCAGCGAUGAAGACUUUGACAGUCUCAAUGAGUUGUCCUCUAAGAAAAAGAAAUCCAAGAAGAACAAAGGUAUAAAUAAAAAGUCACAUGAUUUAGCCUGCUUGGUUAGCAGGGUUUGUAGAUCCCUAGGCUUUGGUUAGCCUUCAGUGCCUACCAAGUAACUUUAGGAAAUAUUAUGAUUUGUCACACUAUCAGUUUUCUCUAAUAGGUUUGUAUGAAAAUGCUCUACAUAUGGGAUCUAUUCAGCUGUGCGGGCACAUUCAAAAAAUUUCACUGGGCAUACCAUCCUCUUUCAUAGCCUGGUGAGAUUGAAUCUCUUGGAACAGCAUUAUUUGGAAAUGCUUACACUGCUGUACAACUUUGCACUGUACUAGUAAAGGGGGGGGGGGGGAAAGCUGCAUUAAAAUGGACCUCUUGACCAAACAACUUUUGCUUAGAUUGAGCAUAAGAAUCCAUCUAGGCAUUGUGCUUGCAGUCUUCCUAGUAAAUGUAUAGAUUAGGAGAAAAACCUAUUUAAAGCUAGGUUUUUCUCCCAGCUGUUAGCAGCAUUGACUGACCAGGGAGAUCAGAAAAGACCUCUUACAGAAGGUCCUUCUGUUCUCCACCCAUAGCAUGCGCUGCGGUUACUAUGGAAACUCCCUAGCCAGCACUUCUAGUAUAGUAACUGAGCGAUGUCGCGUCACUCCAUUCACACACUGGCCCAUGUCACUGACGAUAUUUGUCCUGCUUGGGGAUGCGUCCCAAGCAGGGCUAAUCAAAGAAGAGUACAGAGGACGGCCCUGAGGUGGAUGUUACACGAAGAGUAACACCCACGAAGUGUUGCUGGAAUAGAGAAAAAAAUUAGUAAAUUUCUAUAUUUUACAUUGAAUCCACCAUGUUUCUUUGUGAUAUAUGGUGCAUUCAAUGUAUAUGGGAGCAAUUUAAGGUAAGUGAAAAUUUUCAUUUUCACUGCCCUUUGCAACAGCCUGAUUUUAAAACUUAUGCAGCCCAGCAAAGCACCCAGAGCUCAAUUAUCUGACCCCUGAUAAAUCAGGCUUUUGUCCAAAUCACUCAACUUCGGCUGCCUUCUUAAAAGUUUGCAAUGACAUCCAAAUUGGCAUGAAACAAGGAGACUUAACUGGAGCUAUUUUCCUUGAUUUUGCCAAGGCCUUUGACACAGCUGACCUUGGCAUUCUUUUGCAAAAACUUAAAAACUCAGGCAUUUUUGAUCGUCUACUAUCCUGGUUUCAAUCGUAUGUUUCAGACCGAUUGCGCUUGUGGACAUUUCUGAUUGCGCUUCUCUCCCUCUUCCAGUCAUGUGUGGUGUUCCCCAAGGCUCCAUACUCUGCCCUCUGCUGUUCAAAAUAUUUAUAAAUGAUCUAGCUAACGUCUGCAAGUCCUCAACUGUACACAUGUAUGCAGACGACACUGUAAUCUACGCUAGUAAACCCAAGCUACUGCAGCUUGAGGCUGUGCUACAAAACCAAUUCACAGAGAUAGAAAAGUUGACAGCGGAUAACAAACUCUUCCUAAACACUGACAAAACCGUUACAAUGAUCUUUGGAACUGUACCUAAAUUAAGUAAACUACAAAAUCAACAAUUGUGUAUCAGAACAAAUUCAAAUAGCAUACUGACAGCAGUCUGCUCUUUUAAAUAUCUAGGUAUGUUGCUAGACCCUAAUCUAUUUUUUACCUUGGCAUUGAAAAAAUCUCUUGAAAACUUUACCCAAAACUAGGUGACCCGUACAGAAACAAAUCCUGCCUAAGCCGUACAGUAAAGAAACGGAUAGUGCAACAAAUGCUAAUGCCGGUCGAUUAUGGGGAUGUAGUGUAUGCACCCGCACCGCAAACCCACCUUAAUAAAUUUAAUACAUUAAAUCAUUUAUACUGCCGCUUUGUACUAGAAUGGAAUUACUUUACCCACCACAGUGACAUGUUGAAAGAGCUUUACUGGCUGUCGCCUGAAUCCCGAUGCACGCUUCAUCGUUCCAGCCUUGUGCAAAAGAGCAUUUCUGGGAAGCUCCCACCCUACCGGAGUAGAAUGCUCUCCCUGGCUGUUCCCACCUCCUAUAACAUCUGAUUCAGUAAGAGCACGAUAUGUAUCAUAACCAGUGGUGUAUCCUGGUUUUGUGCUGCCCUAGGCAGGACAAAACUCAGGCACCCCCCGCGCUACCCCCAGCCGCGCAACCGCCACCCAACCCUUCCCCCCCCUGCUCCGCCUUCUAAAUACACACACACACAUUCACUGACAGAUACGCAUUCACUAGCUAACAGAAACACACACUCACAGGCAAUCACACACUCACUGACAGACACACGCACACACACUAACAAGCAGACACGCACACACACUAACAGACACACACACACACUAAUACACUCACUUGUGGUUUUUUUUUUAAUUUAACCCCCUCCCCCCCCCAGCCUCCUUACCUUUGGGAAUGCUGGGGGGGUUCUUCCGCGCCCUGGGGUCCAGUUGGUGCAGAGCGGACAGCGCUGGGCGGGAGGGCGGCCGGCGAGGGAGCUCUUCCCCUGAGCGCUCUGCUCAGCUCCCUCGCGCACCGCUAGCAGAGUGAGGCCAGGAGCCGGAAUAUGACGUCAUCAACCCGGCUCCCAGCCUCACUCGGCGGCGCGCGAGGGAGCUGAGCAGAGCGCUCGGGGAAGAGCUCCCUCGCCAAACAAGGCAUUUGCCCUGGGCAUUUGGGGGCGGCUUUUUUGCCGCCCCCUGAAAAAUGACGCCCAAGGCAAAUGCCUUGUUUGCCUCGCAGUUAAUACGCCCCUGAUCAUAACGCAAUACAAAAAUAAAGUGGCUCGAUCAUAAUUUUCCCACAGAGCACCGCAAUUAUGGAAUAACCUCAGGGACACAGUCAAAUCUUCAUUCAAUCUAAAAUAUUUUAAGAGAUCUAUGGUGAUAUACCUCAGCACAGAAUGCACCUGUCACGGUUGACUAUAUUUAUUACCUGUUGGGUAUUAAAUUUAUAUAUGUGUGUAUGUAUGUAUAGUGUAAUAUUGUAUCAUAUUGUAACAAUGCAAUGUUUUGUGGACCCAGGACAUACAUGAAAAUGAGAGAAAUCUCAAUGUUUCUAUUCUGGUAAAAUAUUUUAUAAAUAAAUAUCAGGCGUCAGCUAUAGAAGUGAAGCAGAACAACCUAUACACAUAUUAUUUGUAAACAAGGUGUAAGAAGUUACCUUGUAUACAAUACAAUGUUGAGUAUAAAAUAAUGCAAUUUUUAUUUUGAGCCUUCAAGUAAGGAAAAUUAAAAACACUAGGAAAAAACAUUUUUAGCGUGAGCUCACAAUACAACACUCUUACCUAUAGAAAGAGCACCUCGGUAGUGCAAAAUCUGCCUAUGGGUAGGCAAAUACUGCUUAAACCCUUUCUAGUUAAAAUGUAGAACGAGUAGAAAAGUAUAUAUACACUGAACAAAAUUAUAAACGCAACACUUUUUUGUUUUUGCCCUUAUUUUCAUGAGCUGAACUCAAAGAUCUAAGACUUUUUCUAUGUAAAUCACUUUGUUUCUGUUUAUGCAGCCCUAGCCACACCUCCCCUGGCUAUGAUUUGACAGAGCCUGCAUGAAAAAAAAAAAAAACUGGUUUCACUUUCAAACAGAUGUAAUUUACCUUAAAUAAUUGUAUCUCAAUCUCUAAAUUGAACUUUAAUCACAUACAGGAGGCUCUUGCAGGGUCUAGCAAGCUAUUAACAUAGCAGGGGAUAAGAAAAUCUUAAACAGAACUUGCAAUAAAGAAAGCCUAAAAAGGGCUCCCUUUACAGGAAGUGUUUAUGGAAGGCUGUACAAGUCACAUGCAGGGAGGUGUGACUAGUGUUCAUAAACAAAGGGAUUUAAACCCUAAAUGGCAGAGGAUUGAGCAGUGAGGCUGCAGGGGCACCAAAACUGCUUCAUUAAGCUAAAGUUGUUCAGGUGACUAUAGUGUCCCUUUAAAGUAAACAUAACUUCAUUGUGGUGUCAGUCAAAAAAUGAAAUUUAGUUUGUUGAUGUAUUUUCUCCCCCCUCUCUUUCAUUCUGCAGAAAACAGCAUAGUAGAUAGAACAGGAGAUGACUAUCCAAUUGAUAUCUGGCUUGUGUUAUCUGGCUACAUCCGACCUGAAGACGUUUUGAAGUUUGCUCUUAUUUGUAAGAAUGCUUGGAUCGUUACUUGCACUGCUGCCUUUUGGAUGAGAUUGUAUAAAAGGUGUGAUAAGUAGUGUAGAAUAUUAAACUGAAUUCACAUUUUUAUUGUUUAAAAUUACUAAAAUGUUAUGUAUGCUUUUAUGCACUGGAUACAAUGGACCAAUGAUAUCAAUGUUUCAAAUAAACCUGUAGGUUUUUGUUUACAUAGAGCAAUGUUUGUGGUCUCCAAACCUUUAUAAACCUGACACUCUGUUACAAGAACGGUUGAAAUUUACUUGGUACUUAAUAGUGAUCUAAUUGUGUAUAGUUGGGAAGGGUUGUUUAAGUAAACCCGUCAAGCACUGAAUAUAUAGAUUUUUUUUUUUAGAGAUUAAAUUACUUGGUUUUAGAUAUUAUCACUAUUUAUUUUGGAGUCAGUGUCAGUAUAACUACAGGUGUAUGGGUGUUACACUGUUUUAACCAUCCAGCUCUGGUUCUGCUUGUGCUCUGAUCUGAUAUUUUUGUAUUUUAUUUUCUUCCUGCUUGGGGAGUCUACUCAAGCAGGGUAAUCCUCUUCCUUAACAGCUGGUUUCUGUGCCUGUGCCUCUGCACCUGGAUUGAAUUGCUACUCUAUUCACAGCAAGAAGUGCUAGAAAGUGGAAUAUCCACUGCAGCAAUCGCAUUUCAUGUGCUGACCUUUCUGUGCCGAGCACGGGAACUGUCUUAAAGUGGGUUCUCCUGCUCUCACCUGUCACUCUGCUUUCUGCAUAGUGCUAUUCUGACUCUAUGCUGCACAAUUUAUUCAUUUACAUACUUACUAGAAUAAUAGUGAAUAAAUCUACUUCCAUUUAAUUUGCUAAAUAAUAUGGUGUGUACAAUGAUGGGAACACUUUUGGGGAUAGGGGAGAUGUAAUAUUAAAAAUAUAGGCAAGUGACAUUUACUUAUCUAAUAUUUUUGACCAUCAAUUUUAGGGUUUUUAAAGCCGCAAUGGGGCUUCAGUUAUAGGUUGAGAGCUCCAGUGGACACUCUCUCAGCCUACCGCUCAACCCAUUUUGAGUACAGGUUAAAAAAAUAUACAUUUGUGUGCAGUGGGUGUCCUGUAAUUGGCUAUCUCAGUAUUUACCAGAUCUGUGCCAAGCUCGGUGAAAAUGGCUAUCACAUUAUAUAUCAAUUCCAGAUGGAAUGAAUGGGCUUAUUCAGGCAGACAUUUCUUUAGCAAAGUAAUUGCACAUCCUGAAAGUGUGCUUACGGGAUUAUUUACUAAAGUGAGAAUAGCUGGGAAUUCAAAUUUAAUUUCAAAUUAAAGGCCAAAGGAACUGAGUUGGUUGCAUAGCUGACAUGGAUAAUGUUUCCAAUUUGACUAUUUUGAUCUUAUAUUUGAAUUCACCAAAAUUCUUGUUUUCCUGAAUAACCCUGUUCGUGUACCUGAGUUGCACUUUCUUUUUCUUUUUUUUUCAGAUCGUUCCUGAAUGUUGCUUUGAUACUAUGUUCUGUACUUUUUGACCUUUAGAAAUUAAGUGCAUUGCCAAUUAUUAACUAGUUCUUCUUUGCUGUUUGUGUACACUCUAACAGUUGACUAGUGAAAGCCAUGAGAUUUUAUAUAACUUAAAAGCUUGAAAUGAGUAUAUCAUUUUCUCUACAGGCAUUACUGUGUGAACGUCUAUCUUCCCGUCCGUCUCCUCCCAGAAUGCAUCUGUAGACUGCGUUCCUUGCGUGCUUGUGUAAUCCGCUCCUUGUACCACCUGUAUGAACCCUUUUGCUCUAGAGUGGCAAAAAGCCCUCAGAUUCCUGAAUCGACACCAUGCACUUUGGCAAAUUCAAAGGUAAGUUCCUGUUAAUGUUUGACUUGUGAAAAUCAUGCUAAACAUUUUUUUUAUUCAUACAAGUUUAAAUGUGAUGAGGACUAGCUCAGAAUGUAGUGUAUACAUUAAGCAAGCUACAUUUUAUACCUCUUCUUUCUUUGGCCCCAGAACUAGAUAACCAAAGGCAGUAGUUAGAAGAGUUUUAAAGCCCUAAAAUACAUGUUUACAUAUUUGCAGGUUGUUAGGCUAGCUCUGUGCAUAUGUGAAAUAGCAACAAGAUUAAAGCUUUAACCUGACUACAGCCAGAAUGCCAGGGUGCCUGCUAGAGUAGGAACGUACAGUUAAGAGAUGUUUUAUUUAUAUUGACGCGCUUGCCAGGUGGUUUCACAGAUCACCAGAUUAACAGCGUAGUCUAUUAUAGUCUAACCUGUUCUUAACAUUGUAAACUCUAUAAUAACCAUAUGAGACCGUUAUUUUUGUUGAUAUUUCUUCCGCCAAGCGUGACAUAAUUACAAAUCACAGCAUAGGCCAGACUUUCUGUACUAAAGGCAUGACACUGUACAAUCAGAUGCAAAGAUAAGAGUGUAUAGCUAUGAUCUGUAACGCAAUGUUCUAGCCUGACUGCUAAGCUUACUGUGACUAAUAGGUGGAGCAUUUCUGUGAAUCAAACUACUUUCACUUGCCUUUAUAAGCGUAAGAAAUUAUCCUGUUUAUGUAACUACUUAAAAAAAAAAAAAAAAAAGUGCAAUGUCAUUUUUGCCAUGUGCUUAAUCGUGUACGCAAACUUGAUUGCACCAGCUAUUGUGGCAGUACAAAUCCGCCUGUUAAACUUAUGCACGAACAAAAAAAAGAAUUAAAAAAAAAGUGAUAAGAUCUGUGGAGAUUGAAAUGUUGCAAAUGUCUGUAACACAAGGUAGUACAUUCUUUAACCCCUUAAAGACACGUGACAUGUCAUGAUUCCCUUUCAUUCCAGAAGUUUGAUCCUUAAGGGGUUAAAGAAGUCCUGUGAUCUAAAAUUUGAGGUGAGAAUGAAAGCUCAGGACAAUUGACAGCAACUAAAACACACCUCAGUUGUUUUGUUUAUAAUGGUUUAUGAUGUGUGGGGGUGGUACACUAUUUGAGUAUUUUGGUAAAUGUGCAAUACUAGUAUUGUAUACCUUAUUAGUUUUUCAUUUAUAUUGCUGGUUAAUGGAUAUGUAUCCCCUUACUAGUACAUAAAGAGAAAGAGAUUUAUAAACAAGCUCAUCAAUCUAAUUAUUCUGAGGCUUUUAUUUCUGCCACUGCAGUGAUUGUGCAACUAAGAACAAAUGAAAAUCAUAAACAAAAAGUACAUUUGUAAACAAGCUCAUGUAAGAAAAUGGUUAAUUUCUAUCUGUAACAGAGUGAAGUCAAGCAGUAAUCUUCUACUUAAAGGGACACUCCAGAUCCUAGCUUGCUAAAAAUGUUUUUUUUUGUGUGUGAAGUGUCUCCCUUUUUCCUCCCCCACCCCCUUUUCCAAAAAGUGCAGUCUUCAAUAGAAAUUGUCUUUUAUAAAAUAACCUCCUCUUCCCUCUCCAAUCAGACACCCAUCCCUGUUAUUUUUUUGUUGUUUAGCUAAACUCAAAAGUGAGGCAGUUGCACAGAGCCUCUGCUCUGCAAGACUUCUCAAUGACCUGCAUUGGGAGGUCUGUGAUUGGACAAACAAAGAAAGGUUGGAGAAGAAGCAGAUAGCUUACAAGGUCUGCAGACAAGAGACCUCCCAGGUUUGUAAGCUAUUUUUAGAUAUACACCCAAUGAAAAAAAUGCACAAUUAAAUGCAUGCAUGUUUUCACUGGCAGUAUAUCUACCAAAUAGUGAAUCUCUUUUUUUAUAUAUAUAUUUUUUUUUUAUUUCAUUUUUUUGUCUGUGGAGUGUCACUCCUGACCCUUUUCAUUUUAUUUUUUAUGAAUAUAUGUGUAUGUAUAUCUGUUCUGCAUAGAAAUUUUGGAACCAUAAAACGACUCAUUUUUCUUUUUGUCAGUGUUUACUUUUCUGGUGCAGAAAAGUGACUGGAAGCAAGUCAGAAGCAAUGUGGGAGUUUAACUUUAAAUUUAAAAAGCAGGUAAGACACGAUAAGUUGCGAUCAUUUUAUUCGGUGUAGUGGUUACAUCUAUGAAUGUGCAGCAACCAUAGCCCUGCAUUGAGUUCUCUGACAUUUUUGCUUUUGCUGUUGUUAAUGGUAGUGUUUGAGCUUGGCUUGAAACCUGUACACAAACGUGCAAAUGGAUCCGCAAUCUCAAGAGUACUGUUGCUGGGUCAUAGUUGGUUUUUGAGAUCAGUCCAGUUUGAAUUGAUACGGUUUCCCCUUUACCAAAUGCUUGUUAGAUCGGUUUUUUUCUAUUUCUUUUUUUUGUCAUGUGUAUGAAUGCUUCGCCUCCCUUUAAUAACAAGAUGAGUGUUGGGAUUUUUCAUUAAAGUGAGUGAGUAUUCAAUGUGAAAAAAAGGGGUUAUCUGCGCACUUGCCUAAAUCCCUAUGCAUAUUUAAAUAAAUUUAGGUUAUUUAGUUUGUCCAAUGACCACGAGAGCGUUUAGCCCACCUGCCACGUCAAGGAAAACCUCUCAGGUGGGUCCUACACUAACCUUUCAACUUGCUUCCUUGAGCUUCAUACAAAGAUAUCUGAGACAGAAAGGGGUAUUUUUUUUCUAAACCCCUACAUACUUAUUAACCCUUAAUAGGGAACACAUGGCUGUGUGAUACAAAAGUGAAUACAGAUACACAAAAAUAAGUCCUGCGCUCAAUGCUCAAACUCCCCCCUACUCCUGGGUGGCAGCAACAACCAUAGCACACAUGAGCCUCAAUACAUACAAAGACACGCUUGCUUUGUAUGUAUUGGGGCUCAUGUGUGCUAUGGUCGUUGCUGCCGCCCAGGAGUAGGGGGAGUUUGAGCACAGGAUUUAUUUUUGUGUACUAGUAAUCAUUCUCUGUUAUCUCUGCUUUCAAUUUGGCUAUUCUGGCCUUAAAUUUGAAAUUCACUUUAAAGGAACACUCCAAGCACCCAGACCACUUCAGCUAAUUGAAGUGGUCUAGGUGCUGUGUCCCUUUUGCACUUAGUGCUGCAAUGUAAAACAUUGCAGCUCUAAGUCUGCCCACAGUGGCUGUCUAACACGGACCUCCAAUGUCAGAUUUUCCCCAUAGGAAAGCAUUGAAUAAUGCUUUCCUAUGGGGAGGUCUAAUGCGUGCAGCACAUGCGCAUUUGGUCUCCCCUGCUGGCGUGGGCGGAGUCUGACCCAACGCCAACAUGGGAGGGGGGCACUCCAGGAGCCUACAGAGAAUCCCUUUAAAUUCUCACUUUAGUAACCCUGACUAAUCUUGUUCACCUUUCUCUUCAUGCUGACACUCUUCUAAUGUAAAAAUUUUACUUUUUGUUUUUCCUUGUGUGGUAGCUUUUAUUUAAGAAAAAAAUUGGAUUGGGAUUUAGUGGGUGAGAAAUAAAUAUUUUAGCAAGGUAAUUUGUUAGCCUUUGCCUGUUUGGGGAACUUGAAGCACAUAAAUAUCAAAGCCUAUGAAAUUGUUUGUGUCAUUAGUGCAUCUCCAAAAACAAUUGUGGCUUUAGGGGAUUAACACAACCAAACUCCCCCCCUCCUUUCCUAAAAAUGAUAAUUAUUUAUUUGUGCAUACGUGUGCCAGCCCGCAUUUUAUAAAUCUACGGUUUUAAAAUGUUAUGUUGACUCAACUCGCUUUUUUUCUUUAAUUCCUUAGCCUCCGAGACUAAAGAAUCACUGUCCUAAUCAGCUGCAGCCACCCUCUGAAUACAAGGAAGUCCAUUUUAACCCAGACAAUGACUGUUUCCUUCUUAAAGUGUCCACUCUAAAUUUUAUUUUCAUACCUGUUGUCAUGGGCAUGACUCUAACAUUUGUAAGUAUUUAAUAAAACUCUUUACCUGGUGGGGAAAUAUCUGUUCCCAUCACUAUUUACCAUGAUUUUAAUUCAUGAAUUUGUCUUAGAUGUAUUUAACAUACUUUUUUUUUUUCUCUUCUUUAAGUUCACUAUUAAUGUGAGCACAGAUAUGCGACAUCACAGAGUAAAGCUGGUCUUUAGAGACUCUCCAGUGUGGAAUGGAAAAAAGCCUCAGGGUGAUCAGGGAGUUCAGAUUAUAUUGGAUCCUGUGCACAGCGUCACUCUCUUAGAUUGGUGGCACCCGAGAUAUCCAUUUUCAUCCCAGGCCUAAUACCAGUGUGGCAAUUGACAAACUACUGGAAGCUUUUUGGAACCAAAUAAAACUCUGAAAUACAGUGUAAUUUGUUAAGCUCUCUUCUAAUGCAUACAGCAAAUGUGACCAAGACCUGGUUAUUGAUUAGUGCCAAAGUGAAAAACCAACAUUGUGUUCGCAGUCAGCACUGCUGAUUUAUGAAUUUUACCAGUCUUUAAAAUGUUUGAACGUUUAAUUUAUACACAGUGAUAUCCAUAGUAUUUGGCCGAGUGGAUUUCGAAAAUCAAAAGGCAAUUUAUUUCUGUAUUUCCUUUCAAAUGUUUUAGUUACACAAGGCUCUCCUUUUAUCAUACCCAGCCAGUUGGUAAAAUCUACAACAUGUGGUGUUGGUUGCUAUUAAAAUGAAGCCGUCCCUUUGGGGUUAAAUAAAGCUAGUUUUGUACACAGAUGAAAAAUGAAAACCUUUUUUUUAGAUUGCAAUAGCAAAUUUUCAAUGGAUAUCAUCAGAGAUGUCACCAUACCAAUUUCAAACUGGAAUAAAUUGAGACCAUUGAUUUAAUAAAAG